CAAACUGUCUCCUCCUUCUGGCAGGAGUUGGAAAUCGAGCGUGUUCUCUCCUCGUUCCGCCUCAAUCCCUACGACGUACUCGAAGUAUCCCUAGAAGCAGACAGCAAAGCCAUCCACAAGAUCUACCGCAAGAAGUCUCUGCUCAUCCAUCCAGAUAAGGUGCAGCAUGAUCCGCGUGCAGUGGAGGCUUUCGAUCUGCUCAAGAAGGCGAGCACGCAUCUACUUGACGAGGAGAAGAGAAAGGCAUUGGAUGAGACGGUCCUCUCGGCGAGAUAUCUGGUUUUGAAGGAGCACCUAGGUCUGCCAGUCAGUACACCUUCCGAGGAUGAACGGCUGCAAGGUCUUCAACCCACUUUCGAAGAGCGAGUCCGCAAGGCCACUCGCGACCUCAUGAUCGAUGAUGAGCUUCGUCGUCGUAAGAGUCUGCGAGCCCAACAUGCCGCUGAAGGAGAGGAAGAAAGGAAGCGCGAAGCUGCGGCAGAGGAGCGCAAGAGGAAGGCAGUCGAGAAGGAGAAGUGGGAGGACACGAGAGACGAGCGCGUUAAAGGGUGGAGGGAGUUUGCUAAGACGGGCAAGGGGAAGAGGAGA